AUGCAGAAACUACAGAAAUUCGCCGUCCUCACGGCAAUGGGUGUCCUGUCCGUCGCCGCUGCUGGCAGCGUCCCCCGCGGCGUCGGCCCAGAGUUUGCCUCGCAUUACCAAUCCAAAGACAGCUUCCGCUGCAUUACCAACCCCGACGUCGAAAUCAGCGCCAGCCGCGUCAACGACAAUACCUGCGACUGCCCCGAUGGGAGUGACGAACCUGGCACCGCCGCCUGCGCACACAUCGACCCUCUCUCCCCCCAGCAGCCCUUACCCGGCAGCAGCUCCGGGACGACGAACGCCACACACGCGCUCCCCGGCUUCUGGUGCGCUAACAAGGGCCACGUGGGGACAUAUGUGCCGUUCCUCUACGUCAACGACGGCAUCUGUGACUACGACCUGUGCUGCGACGGGACCGAAGAGUACGCGUCUGUGGGCGGCACGACGUGCGAGAACCGCUGCGCCGCGAUUGGCAAGGAGCACCGCCGGCUCGCGGAGGAAAAGGACCGCAAAAUGAGGGACGCGCAGACGCAGCGGGCCAAGAUGAUUGCCGACUCGGCCGCGCUGCGCAUGCAGACGGAGAGCCGCAUUGUUGAGCUGGAGAAUGCCAUUCGUGUGGCAUCGGCGGAAAAGGUCGCGCUGGAUGCGAAAUACAAGGAGCUUCAGAAAAAGGAUCGUAACAGGGUUGUCAAGGCGGGUAGUGGUGGUGGCAAGCUGGGCGUCUUGCUUGGACAGGCCAAGACCCGUGUCAACGAGUUGCGCGAGGUCCUAAAAAACGUCUCGGACGAGCGGGAUCAGCUGCGCGACAAGGUUAAUGAGCUGGACACGGUCCUCCGCAAGCUCAAGGAGGAGUACAACCCCAACUUCAACGACGAGGGCGUCAAGGCGGCGGUCAAGUCGUUUGAAGACUUUGCCGCGCGUGAAGCCGAGCAGCCCGACACAGGCGACGAGGAUGUCUCGAGCGUCCUGGCCGAAGACGGCGAGCACAGCGGCAUCAACUGGGCCGAAUUUGAGUCUUCCGACGACGAUUCUGACAUUAUUUACACUUUGGAUGCCUACCUUCCCGCCUUCCUUCGCGACUUUAUUCAGAACCAAAAAGCUGCCCUCCGCGACUGGCUCGUCGAGAAUGGGCUGCUGGCCGAAAAGCAAAACUCGGCUUCGGAGUCGCAGGCCACGCGGGAAGCGCGGGAAGCCAAGGAGAAUGCCGAGCGCGAUCUGCAAAAGAAGGAGCAAGAUGUCGAGAACGAAAAGACGGACUUGGCCAAGGACUACGGCCCGUCCAGCAUUUUCCGCGCGCUCAAGGGCCAGUGCAUUGACAUUGACGCGGGCGAGUACACGUAUGAGCUGUGCUGGCUGGACAAGACGAGCCAAAAGUCGAAAAAGGGCCACGGCAACACCAACAUGGGCAACUUCCAGCGCAUCGACUACGAGACGGCCGAUGACGAGGAGCGCCUGGACGGCAAGAGCCUGGGCAAGGGCGCGCGAAUGGUGCUCCGCUACGAGGACGGACAGGCCUGCUGGAACGGACCGAACCGCAAGACGGACGUCUGGCUGGGCUGCUCGGACAAGGAGGAGGUGUGGCGCGUGACGGAGGCGGAGAAGUGCGUUUACAAGAUGGAGGUGGGCACGCCGGCGGCGUGUGAUGAGCAGGUAGAGGGGAAAGCGCAUGUCAAGGAUGAAUUGUAA